UUGCCGCGCAUGCGCAGAUAUGUGAAAACCAGCCAGGCGAUGUAUACAGAGGGAAAAGGCGCUGCUGUCAGGCCACUGACAACAAGACAACAGAAUGGAGUCCAAAUGCGGCAGUCAGACUUCGCGAUUGUUCAAAUCGACUGUACAUACAUUCCUGUUAGGAGGUACUUUUGUUGCCUUGGGGUCAAGUCGUAUCCUUCUGAUGAAAUACUCAGCCAAUGAAGAUAAUAAAUAUGAUUACCUUCCUGCGACUGUGAAUGUGUGUUCAGAAUUAGUUAAGCUGGUGCUCUGUCUGAUAAUGGCACUUUGGGUAACUAGAAAAGGAGGAUAUUCUCAUAGUGGAUUUGGCUGCAGCUCAUGGAGGCAAUUGUAUAGCUAUAUUAAGUGGUCAAUUCCUGCCUUCCUUUAUUUUCUGGAUAAUCUGAUUGUCUUCUAUGUGUUGUCCUACCUCGCACCAGCCAUGGCUGUGUUGUUCUCAAAUUUUGUCAUUAUAACAACGGCUCUCCUGUUCAGAAUAGUGCUCAAGCGGCAAGUCUCCUGGGUUCAAUGGGCCUCUCUGCUGAUUUUGUUCCUGUCUAUUGUAGCCCUGACUACAGGAACAGGGAGCAACAAGGAUAGCUUGGCCGUGCAUGGUUUUCAUCAUGACAUCUUUUUCAGCCAUUCAAACAGUUGCUUGCAAUACACCAGCCCGGAGGAAGAAUGCUGGGGAAGAAACUGCACGGCAAAGUGGUCCUUCCCCAGUUUGAGUUGGAACGUCACCACUGGUAUAGGCACCUCAAGAACGGUUCACCUUGGCCUAGGACAUCUGCUCAUAUUGGUGCAGUGCUUUAUCUCUGCCUUGGCCAACAUCUACAAUGAAAAGAUAUUGAAAGAAGGAGGGCAGUUCAGCGAAAACAUCUUUGUACAAAACACCAAGCUGUACCUUUUUGGAGCAAUGUUUAAUGGCCUGAUGCUGAGUUUGCGUUCUGAAAACAGGCGCCGCAUAGAAUACUGCGGCUUCUUCUAUGGCCACAAUGCCUUCUCCGUGGCCCUGAUUUUUGUCACUGCCUUCCUGGGACUCUCAGUGGCUUUCAUCUUGAAGUUCCGGGACAACAUGUUUCAUGUUCUGACAGCCCAGGUUACAACUGUUAUCAUCACCACAGUGUCCGUCUUCGUUUUUGACUUCAAACCUUCUCUGGAAUUCUUCCUGGAAGCUCCUGUUGUCCUUUUGUCCAUAUUUAUUUACCAUUCCAGCAGCCCUCGAUGUGUGGAGUAUACAGCUCAGUGGGAGAGGAGCAAACACAGCGGAGGUGCAUGGGAGCGCUCCAGCGGGCAUACAUUUAGAAGAACAUCCGUUGUAUUCUAUGGAGCUGAGAAAAGGCAAUACACUGUUGAGACAAGCCCACAGUCCACUUCACAGGAUGGAGAAGAACUUGAAAGACUUACCAAACCAGACAGCGAUCAUGAUUCAGAGGAAGAGGCCUUAUAGGAAGGUUUGGACUCUCAAAGUCCAGGCAGCUCUUGUCACGUUUUGCAAUUUGAAAUGUGAAGACAAGGAAUUAUGACCGACAAGUAGAGACAAGUGUUUUAGGUAAAUUCAUUAAGGAUGAGGUUUACUGGUUACUGGUACCAGUAUCCACCACCUCAACAAUCACCAAAUUACUGCAAAGUAUUUUUAUGCUGUGAAGUAACAAUGGGAGAUGGCAACCUUUGUCAUGUGCUGCUUAUGACCUUUCUAUAGAUCUCUGUGCUUGGUCUUCAGGUUUUUUAUGGAAUCAGUCUCACUAAAGUCAAGAUUUUUUGCUACAAGAAAAUGAUCAGUACAGAAUGGAGUCCCAAAGGCGUUGGAUGCAGAGAAAGAACAGUUUCAACUACUUGUCUUAGGCCUACUGAUUCUGGUACUUUUCUGUCAUAUCCUUGCUGUUGUGGUUUGCCUCUGUUGAGAGCUGAUAUGAGGAAAGAAUACAUACAAAGAGUUAUCAAGUUGCCCAUCUUAUAACUUUACAAAGGUAUUUGAACUAUUGUAUGACAUAAAAAUAUAGGGAUGAAAUUAUUAUUUUUCAUCACCUUUCGGGAGUGUUUUGUCCAUUAAAUGUGCUAAACUUGUCUUUGCCACUGUGUCUAUAUGCUGCAGGCAAGAGUGAUUGAUUUCAGUGAUGUUUGCCACUUGAAAUGACAAGCUGGUGAUUGGGUUGACUUGUGCAAUACCCAAGUCUAGCUUUUGCCCUCUGGUUGUGUUACUUACUAUUUUUAAUGUAUGUGAUCCACGAGUCUCUCUCCCUGUGUGUGUUGAAACUAGAGUUUGGAAACCUUUUUUUUUUUUUACAAUUAUUUAUUACAGUUCUUCACUUUUCCAAGAAAACAUUGUCUUUGUCCAUGCUAGCGGGCCGAUUUUAAAGUCCAAAAUAGGGUUAGCUAUUCCCAUACAAUUUCCUCUUAUAAAUGAAUGGUUGUGUGCAUAAAUCUGUCUAGCACUUUUUGCUGCUUAAUUAACUGUAGGAAGAACUUGAAAUUAUAUACAAAGCCUCCCUACUUGUGAAUUGUGCAUGAAACCAAAAAAAGGCGUUAUGAUUCCCCAAUUCUCAGUGCCAAACUACAAAGGAGACAAUAGAAAGGGUGGGAAUAAAAUGCAAUGCCAGAAAGAACAGUUUUAAUAGCAUAUUCUAAAAAUUGUAGUAGUGCAGCAAGUAUUUUGGCGUAUAUGAUGAGUGAAAUGUAACAUUUUAUAAGCUGUUUUGAAGGUGAGGAGACAUAUAAUGAUAAUAAUAAAGCACCUUAUCCAAAUUUAUAAAAGAGGUUACAGGAAAAUGCUACCUAUUUUGCAGAAGUCUUAUGGGGUGGAUAGAGAUAGGAAGGCCUAGAAAAAAACCUGGAAAAAUGGGGGGGGGGGAACAGUCCCCUCCUUCCAUUUUUCUGAGCCUUCCCCCCCAAUUUUUUUGCCCCCCCCCCCAGGCCUUCCCAUCUCUAGGGACAGAAUGCUUGAAAACAGUUACCAUAAACCAGGCAUCCUCAAAAUCCAGCCCUUCAGCUGUUUGGGCCGCCAACUCCCAGAAUUCCUGACCAUUGAACAAGCUGGCUAGGGCUUCCAGAAGUUGGAGGCCCAAACAACUGGAGGGCCACCGUUUGAGGAUGUCUGCCAUAAACACUCCAGUAAGUAGUACUUAACAAUAUGCAGUGCUGCUACUGAUUGCAGAGAUAACACCUAUCUUUGCAAUGGGUUGGUAGAAAAGGCCAGUUUCAUUAGUUGGUUCUGAUUGUUCUACUACACACCUGUCUAAAUGAACCAAUCCUUAAUUUGCCUCAGUAUUUCUUCAACAAUACUAUUAUAAAUAAGAGUUUAUUUAUGAUAAGAUUAACUUUGAAAUUGUUUAUAUGUAUGUUGACAUAGGGCUUAAGUGUGCUUUAACUUUUUUAAAAAAAUAUUGUGAUUAUUGAGCAAAUUCAAUACUUCCUGAUUUAACAAGAUGUGACCUCUUACCAUUGUUUUAAUAUAUAUAGAAUGAAUUUGCUGUGGAACUCUCCCUGACUCUCUACCAGUGCCUGGGAUUAACUUAAUGUGGGAUACUUUCGCAUUUUGUUUGAAGUGUUUUACAUUCCAGAUUACUAUGCCACAAAAUCAAAUAAAUCACAGUGUCUGAACAAAA